AUGACUCGCUCACAACCCCUCCUCACCCUCUCCCGGAGGUAUCUCACAACUGCCGCACCCCGGACAACCACAACCACACCCAUCCGUACAACCACAUCUCUCCUCACCACCAAACCCACCACCACCAGCCUCCGCACCAUCCAACACCAACCAUGCCUCCGCACCACCACCCCCAGCAUUCGUCCCUACCACUCCAUCCACCACCCCUCCCCACCCCACGAAUACUCCAACUCCCAAACGACCAUCCUCUCCUCUGCUCUCCGCCACGUCCCGACCCACGGCUUCACCCGCGACGCCCUAACCCUCGGAGCCCGGGACGCCGGCUUCCUGGACGUCUCGGUGCAACUUCUCCCUCGGGGCGAAUUCGACCUGAUUCUCUUCUGGCUGGCGAGUCGUCGGGGUCUCCUCCGCUCCAAGGUGGAGAAUGAUGCGCUGCUGCAAUCCCAAUCCCAGCAGGGACCUCUGUCCGUGGACGACAAGAUCAAGAUUCUGAUUAUGGAGCGGCUGCGCAUGAAUGUUGAAGUGAAGGAUAAGUUGCAGGAUGCCCUAGCCAUCAUGUCCCUCGGCGAAAACAUCCCCCUCUCAUUAUCCGAACUGCACGCUCUCUCAGACGAUAUCCUCACGCUAGCGGGCGACGCUUCCGUCGAUGCAUCGUGGUAUUCGAAGCGCAUGGCUGUGGCGGCCGUGUAUGCGUCGUCGGAAUUUGUGAUGACGCGGGAUACGAGCGCGGGGCUGCGUGAUACCGAGGAAUUUCUGACUCGCCGGUGGGCGGAUGCAAGGGCUGUGAAGGAUAAGGUGUCUGGGGUGAAGCAGUGUUUGGGGUUCUUGGGGUCGACUGCUGUGGGAUUGGGGAGGAGUUGGGGGUUGAAGCUGUAG